UCAGGGCUCCCGGCUGCUGCAGUCCCGUUGUGUAAUACCGCACAGCGCCGGCUCCAGGCUCGGUCCCGGAUCCCCACAGUCACAUUACGCCAGGUAUCUUGACAAAAUGGGAGUCUGGAGAACAUUCCUAUUCUUCCUACUUUUAGGCCACACAAUCUGUGGCACAGACUCACAGAAAACUGUGUGCACGGAGGCAAGCAUUGCGGACAUUGUAUUCCUGGUAGAUGGGUCUUGGAGCAUCGGAACAGAGAACUUUGAGGUCAUGCGAAACUUUUUGUACACCAUGAUAAACGGCUUUGAUGUUAGUCAAGAUAAUAUCCGCAUUGGUUUAAUCCAGUACAGUGAUACCCCUCGUACAGAAUUUUACCUAAACGCCUAUAGUAAGAAGGACGAUGUAUUACGGUAUAUAGAGACUUUCAAGUACAAAGGUGGGGGUACAAAAACUGGGGAAAGCCUUCAGUUCAUGCUGGAAAAUCACUUUACAGAAAGAGCCAGAAUACAAGAAGGCAUCCCUCAGAUUGCUGUUGUUAUAACUGAUGGUCAGUCUCAGGACAACAUCAAGCAGCCAGCCACAAGAGUGAAAAAUGCAGGAAUCACAUUAUAUGCUGUUGGUAUCAAAGAUGCUCUUUUGACUGAGCUCAAUGAGAUAGCCAGUGAUCCAGAUGAGAAACACGUUUACAAUGUGGCCGACUUUUCAGCUUUACAGGGUAUUUCCCAAAACAUGCUUCAGGUUCUCUGUACCACGGUAGAAGAAGCCACUAGACAGAUUGGUCAGAUUGCUCAAGUUUGCAGAAAUGCCAAUCAGGCAGACAUUGUGUUCCUUGUAGAGAGCUCCACCCGGAUUGGGCAAGUAGCCUUUCAAAAAGUAAAAGAUUUUGUCUAUGACUUAGUGUCCAGCCUUGAUGUUGGCAUCAACAAAGUCCGCAUUGGCUUUGCUCAGUACAGUGAUGAGACCAAUACAAUCUUUUUGCUCAAUGGCUAUUCUCUGAAGAGCGAAAUUCUAGAGAAGAUACAGAGUUUAUUAUAUAGAAGCGGCAGUGCCUACAUGGGGAGGGCUCUUCAAGUGAUCAACAGCAACUUCUUCUCUGAGUCAGCAGGCAGCAGAGCCGCAGAGAGCAUAGCUCAGAUACUGGUUGUGGUUACUAGUGGUAGAUCUGAAGAUGACGUAGCAGAGCCAGCUAGAGAGCUCAAAUCCAGAGGUAUCUCUGUUUAUGUCACUGGGUCUAAUAUCAAAGACAUUGCUGAGUUACAAGAGGUGGCUAACAAGCCAAGUAGAAGAUUCAUUCACCAUCUGGAUACACUUGAUGUCCCCAAUGAUGUGACUAAAAGUCUCCUGAAAAAUAUCUGUUCUGGAAUUGUCACAAACAUUCAAGCUUACUCAAGGCGCUAUGCAGAUGUUGUGUUCCUCAUUGAUUCUUCUUCCAGCAUUGGAAGUUCUAUGUUUGAUCAAAUUAAGCUCCUUAUUACAAGUAUUAUCGAGCAACUUGACAUAGGUAUUAACAGAUAUCGAGUUGGACUUGCACAGUACAGCGAGGCAGCCUACAGGGAGUUUCUGCUGAAUACAUAUGAGAUCAAACAGCAAGUACAGGACCAUGUUAUUAAUAUUGUGUUUAAAGGUGGCCGUCUGAACACAGGAAGUGCUUUGGAUUACUUGCGCACAAACUUCUUUGUGGAAGAGGCCGGGAGCCGAAUUAAUCAAGGAAUACCCCAAUUUGCAGUGAUCAUAACAUCAGCAAAGUCUGAAGAUGUUGUCACUACAUUUGCUCAAGAGCUGAAGAGUAUUGGUGUUACCACCAUUGCCAUCGGGAUUCAGAAUUCAGACAGGGAAGAAUUAAUAAAGAUAGCAACAGAUCCCUUUGUUUUCCAGAUAAAAGAUUUGAAAGGCAUGAGGAAUAUACAAAGAGAUGUUGUCAAUGCUAUUGUCACACAGGAAAUGCUGCAGUUCGCUGUGAAGACAACUGUUCCUGCAGUUUGCUCAAGUGCUUCAGUUGCUGAUAUUGUUUUUCUGAUCGAUGAAUCCAGCAGCAUUGGCGAUACCAACUUUCAGCUGACAAGAGUAUUUCUGCACAAGGUCAUCAAUGCAUUAGAAAUUGGUUCAAAAAGUGUCCGGGUGGGCUUGGUUCUGUACAGUGACAUACCCAGGCUGGAAUUUAAGCUGAACACUUUUAAAGAAAAGUAUGAGAUUUUGGACUACAUAACCAAGCUUCCAUACAGAGGAGGAACGCCGCACACUGGAGCUGCCCUGGAAUUUUUGCGCAAAGAACUUUUCUCAAAACAAAAUGGUGGCAGGAAGCGCCAGGGGGUAAAACAAAUUGCAGUGGUCAUGACUAAUGGCCAAUCAGUGGAUGGUUUCGCUAAGCCUGCUGCCAAACUCAGACGAUCGGGGGUAGAGGUUUUUGCAGUUAGCUUUCCCAAUGCGAACAUCACAGAGCUGGAAAGCAUGGCAUCACAUCCGCCACGCAAGCAUGUCACCAAUGUGGAGUCCUUUCUGCAACUCUCAAAUAUUGGACUUAGGUUAAAGAAGCAUCUUUGUAAUGAAAUUGUUACAAAGUCAUUUGCAGCUCCACUUCUACGCACACUGAAGGAAGGCUGUGUUGAUACGGAAGAAGCUGACAUUUACUUUCUGAUUGAUGGCUCUGGCAGCAUUUAUCCAGAAGACUUCAUAGAUAUGAAAAACUUCAUGUCUGAAUUGGUAGGCGUGUUCCAGAUUGGCGCAAACAGUAUACGCUUUGGAGUGGUGCAAUACUCUGAUGUUCCAAGGGUUGAAUUCACAAUCAGUAAAUACACCAGUCAAAACAGUUUAAAGACAGCAAUAAAACAAAUUUACCAAUUGGGAGGAGGCACCCAAACGGGGGAUGCUCUGCAAUCGAUGAAAAGUCUCUUUGCUAAUGCAAAAGUUGAACGACCCAAUAACGUACCCCAGUUCUUGAUAGUCAUUACAGAUGGAGAGUCGCAAGACCGGGUUACUGAAGCAGCUGCAGACAUUAGAGACGACGGUAUCACUAUAUUUGCCAUUGGGGUCAAGAAUGCUGUAGAGGAGCAGCUGGAGGACAUUGCUGGAAGCAAAGACAAGAUGUUUUUUGUCAAUAAUUUUGAUUCCCUUGAUGUUAUCAAGCAUGAUUUGGUCCGGGACUUGUGUACACCAGAAGCUUGCAAAAACAUGAAAGCAGAUAUCCUAUUUCUGAUUGACAGUUCUGGAAGUAUCCACUAUGAUGAUUAUGCAAAAAUGAAGGAUUUUAUGGAGUCGAUGGUGAAGAUGGCGGAAAUCGGUCCAGACGCAGUCCAAGUGGGUUUGAUCCAGUUUAGUUCUGAAACAAAAGAAGAAUUUCCACUUAACAGGUAUAAAAAGAAAAAUGAGAUACAAGCCGCUAUACUACGCAUCCAGCAGAUGGAGCAAGGCACCCUGACAGGAGCUGCCUUAAAAGAGGCAUUGCCAUAUUUCAGCACCUCCAGGGGAGGAAGACCAAAUACAAGGCAAUAUCUUGUUAUAAUCACAGAUGGAGAGGCUCAGGAUGAGGUAGCACAGCCGGCUGCUGCUAUUAGAAACAAGGGUAUUAAUAUUUAUGCUAUAGGAGUACUCAAAGCCAACAAUACACAGCUUCUGGAGAUCGCUGGACAGCAAGACCGAGUUUUCUUUGAGGACAAUUUUGACGCCCUGGCUUUCUUGAAUAAGCAAAUCAUAUUUGAGAUCUGUAAUCCUGAAGAAACUUGUAAAAGGACAGAAGUUGCGGACAUCAUAUUUUUAGUGGAUUCGUCUUCCAGCAUCACUGUUUCCCAGUAUAAAAUCAUGCAGAAGUUUAUGGAGGCUGUGGUAAAUGAUUCCACGGUUGGGAAGCAAAAUGUUCAGUUCGGUGUUGUUACUUAUAGCACAGUCCCAGAACAACAGUUCCCUUUAAAUGCUUAUUCCACCAAACUUGAUGUUCGAAAGGCCAUUUUUGCUUUAAAACGCACCAAGGGAUUGACUUAUACUGCCACUGCUUUGGAGUACACCCAAGAAAGAUUUGGCUCAAGUUACGGCGGUCGUCCAGGAGUUUCUCACAUUAUAGUUCUCAUUACCGAUGGGGCAACGAGUAUUCAAGAUAGAGCCAAAUUAGAUACAGUACCCCAGUCUUUGAGAAACAAUGACAUCAUCAUCUUUGCUGUUGGAGUUGGCAGUGCUAAAGCAGAAGAGCUUGAAAAGAUUGCUGGGCAGCCAGAUAGAUGGUUCCUAGUACAGAAUUACGCAGCUCUGGAAAGUUUACAUUCAAAUAUAACCCACAUUGUUUGUGAAGAGGCUCAACCAGCUUGCUCCAAUGAACAGCUUGAUCUUGUGUUCCUGAUUGACGGCUCUGCAAGCAUCAGCCCAAGUGACUUUGACAUUUCAAAAGCAUUCAUGAAGGAAAUAGUAGACAGUUUCAGUAUUGCACAAGACAAAGUGCGUAUUGGGGUGGCCCAGUACAGUACAAAUCCACAGAGAGAAUUCUUCUUGAAUCAGCACUACACCAGCUCAGAUAUGAAACUACACAUAGAUAACAUUGUCCAGCUGAAUGAGAACACCUACACAGGGAAGGGCCUGAAAUUUGUUAAGCAGUUUUUUGAUCCUGCAAACGGAAGCCGUAAAAACCAAGGUGUUUAUCAGUAUCUAAUAGUUAUGACGGAUGGGGAGUCUCAUGAUACAGUGGCUGAAGAGGCUGAAGAACUGAGGAGCAGUGGAAUCACAAUCUUCUCUAUUGGAAUUGGUAUCAAAAAUAGUUUUGAGCUGGUCCAAAUUGCAGGGAACCCCCAGAACAUGUUUACGGUGGAAACGUUUGAAAUGCUGGACACAAUCAAGAGACAGAUUGUAUAUCAAAUCUGUAUACCAGGCGAUGUGCCUGACAAAGAUUGCAAUUUAGAUAUUACAGUAUCUGUUGACUAUUCAAGAAGAAUUAGACCAUCUACUACAUCUAUUCUGCAGCAAAAGCUGAAUCUCUAUCUACCUCCAGUGCUGCAGCAUGUGUCUACACUGAGUAACAUUAGUUGUUCCUCCAGAUCACAGAUAAACAUCCGCUUCAGAUAUGCCAUUCCCCGACCAGAUGAUACAUUUCAUUUUGAUUCUGACUUUGAAAAAUAUAACGAGGAAGUCCUCAAGAAGUAUAUAAAUGCACAAUCAGCUGUUGACACAUUCUUAAAUCCUAAAUUCCUUGAAUCACUUUGGACAAAAGUAAAAAAUUUGCCAGAACAGAGAGUAAAGGUCAUUAUAGUCUUUACUGAUGGAUUGGAUGAUACCGUACAGACACUAAAGAUGACUUCUGAGUCUCUUCGAAGGCAAGGCUUGGAUGGUUUAUUACUGAUUGGUCUUGAAGGAGUGCAGAACUUAAAGGAGUUCCAAGAAAUAGAGUUUGGCAGGGGAUUCUCCUACCAACAGCCAUUGAGCAUUGGCAUUUACGACUUACCAAGUGUAAUGCUAAAAGAAAUUGACACAGUUGUUGAAAGAAAAUGUUGUAAUGUUUUUUGCAAAUGUCUGGGACAAGAUGGUCCUCGUGGUCCUCCUGGUCCUCCAGGAUUGAAGGGAAAAGUCGGUGCAAAAGGUUCUCAAGGACAUCCUGGAGAGGAAGGUGGUAUUGGUGAGAGAGGGCCACGUGGAUCAAAUGGGACACAGGGAGAAGAAGGAUGCCCAGGGCCUAGAGGAAUAAAGGGUGGGCGAGGCUUUCGAGGUAAUAGGGGAGAUGAUGGUGACAAUGGAAUUGAUGGAGUUCCAGGCGAGCAGGGAGACCGUGGAUCACCUGGACCAACAGGGGAAACUGGGAGCUCUGGGCCACAGGGGAAAAAAGGACCUCGUGGAGAAUCAGGUGAAAAGGGAGAGCCCGGCCUUAGAGGAGACCAUGGUGACCGUGGAAUUGAUAAUAAUGUUCUUGGACUUAAAGGUCAGAAGGGAAACCCAGGACGACAGGGUGAACCAGGAAAUGAUGGAGUUGAAGGGGAACCCGGAGAUAAUGGCCCAGAAGGUCCACAAAGCCGUAGAGGAUCUCCUGGAGUUAAGGGUGUGAAGGGAGAAAAUGGCGAGCCUGGCAACCUAGGAGAUGGUGGAAUUCAAGGCAUACAGGGACCUAGAGGAUUACCUGGAGUACCUGGACAACGGGGUCAGCAAGGAUUACCAGGACCUCAGGGAACGCCUGGUGCUAUUGGUUCUCCUGGUCCUUCUGGCAAUGUGGGGUCUAGAGGACCAAAGGGAGAACCAGGAGAGUCUGGGGAGAAAGGUGAGACAGGAAUUCCAGGACGUAGAGGUUUUCCAGGCAAUGAUGGCGCUGAUGGUUAUGGCUCUCCAGGUAUAAAGGGACAGAAGGGUCAUACAGGAUUCCCUGGCUAUCCUGGUCCUCAGGGAGAAGAUGGAGAGCUUGGCAGGUCUGGAAAUGUUGGUCCUAAAGGUGUAAAAGGCAGACAGGCCAGUCCUGGCCUAUCGGGAGUAGAAGGUGGCCCAGGAGAUAUUGGACCACCUGGUCCUAGGGGUACAAAAGGACCACAGGGAGCAGUAUCUUUCACGACAUGCGAACUUGUAAACUUUACACGAGAUAAUUGCCCUUGCUUUUCAGGUGCUCCUAAAUGUCCAGUUUAUCCAAGUGAAGUAGUGUUUGCUAUUGAUGUAUCGGAAGACGUUUCACAAGUCGCCUUUCAAAGAAUGAAGGACAUUAUCAUCUCCCUUGUAAAACAGAUGGAAAUUAGUGACAGUAAUUGCCCCAAAGGAGCACGUGUGGCAGUAGUGUCGUACAGCAAUAAUGUUAAGUACCUCAUUCGUUUCACUGACUACAAGAAUAAAAACCUGCUACUUGAAGCAAUCCAAAACAUCUCAUCUGAAAGGAGAAGCUCUCCAAGAAACAUUGGGGAAGCCAUGAGGUUUGUGGCUAGAAAUAUCUUCAAGCGUGUCCGUCAUGGAGUUCUCAUGAGGAAUAUUGCUGUUUUCUUUGCGAAUGGACCAUCCCAAGAUGCCACUUCCAUAAACACAGCUGUGUUAGAAUUAAGGGCGCUUAAAAUUAUACCUGCAGUAAUCGCUUUCCGUGAUGUACCCAACGUUGUGAAAGCUUCUUCGGUGGAUGAAAGUAAUGUAUUCCAGGUGUUUGUUUGGAAGACACCAGAAGACCAGAAGCUAAAUAUGCUAUCUCACUGUACUUUGUGCUAUGACAAGUGUAAACCUGAUGUGAAAUGUGAGCUGGAUCCCAUUCCUCCCACUGAAAUAGACAUGGACAUUGUCUUCAUUCUGGACAGUUCUCGCAGUGUGAGAAGUGAUGACUUUGUGCGAGCAAAAGACUUUGUGGCCAGAGUGCUUGAUCAUAUCUAUAUAUCAAAGCAGCCAGGAACGUCAGAGUCGGGAGCCAGAGUAGCUUUGCUCCAACAGGCCUCUCCCAGGUUCAUGCCUAAUAGAAAUUUAAGCCCUGUUAAAACAGAGUUUGAUCUUGUUGCUUACAAUGACAGAAAUGUAAUGAAACGACACAUCCAGGAAGCUGUGACACAGCUGGAGGGGCCAUCUGCAUUGGGCUAUUCUCUUCAGUGGGCAAUAGAAAAUAUUUUCAGGAAAGCUCCCAGUGCAAGGAAGCACAGAGUCAUUUUUACAAUCCUCGGCAGUAGAACAAGUUCCUGGGACAGAGAAAAAUUGAAGGAAGUGUCCCAAAAAGCCAAGUGCGAGAAAUUCACACUAAUUGUCUUGGCGUUUGGAAAAGACAUAAGCCACAAUGAGUUGCUUGAACUUUCUAGUCUUCCGCAAAGCCAGCAUGCGCUACAUUUGCUUACUGUGUCUGAAUCCGAGGUGGGGUAUGCGGAGAGAUUCAUCCAUGCCUUCUUAAGUCUCCUAAACAAUGAUAUUAAUAGUUAUCCAAUAAAAGCUUUUCAAGCACAAUGUGAAGGCCGUGGGGACUCUCUGGUGUCUUUCUCAGAAAGUGUUACUUAUGCAAACCUGGAAGUUGAACCAACAGAAAUAAACGGAGAGUAUGUGGAAAGACAGUUAGAAGAAUACAUUUAUGAGGAAGAAACAGAGGACAAUGGCGCCCAGGAAACAUUAGAGGUGGCUGUCGAUGAAAAUGCUGAGACAGAGAUCAUAAGGCCUGUUGCAGAGAAGUGCUUAUUGGAUGUGAACCAUGGCACAACAUGCGGGAACUUCCAGCGCAUGUGGUACUAUAUUAAAGAGGUUGAUGCAUGCUCCCAGUUCUGGUAUGGAGGUUGUGAUGGGAAUGGAAACAGAUUUGUUACUGAGAAUGAGUGUCUACAAGCUUGCUCUUCCAAACGUCAAGGUACAAAUCAGGGCUCACAAGUUCUCAGUAAAGAUAUCUGCAUAUUGAAGCAAGAGGAAGGAGAUUGUCAAGAUUACAUACUGAAGUGGUGGUACAACUCAGAUCAAAAUGAGUGUGUACAGUUCUGGUAUGGUGGCUGCGGGGGAAAUAAAAAUCAAUUUGAGACUCAAGAACAGUGUGAAGAUGCCUGCUUGUCGCCAUCUUAAAUGGUUAGAUUGUUGCGAACCAUGGGGAUCCGUGCUGCCAUGGCAACCUAUCAUGUUCAGAAUCUGAAGAGGACCUGCCUACGUCACUGCCGAAACAUUCACACAGGAAUACAAACCUUUUGUACAAUUUUUUUUUUCAGUCAAAUUUACAUAUUUUUUGAUGACUUUUUUUUUUUUAAUGAAAUGUUUUAAUUAAAUGUUUUAUAGAUAUGCAGUUGGAGAAAACUUGAGUCAUUUUAAACUGCACUUUUUUCUUGUAAUACCUCAAAGCAUUAGUUUUUAUUCUAAAAGCAUACAGUGUCUGGAGAAGAAGGAUCAUUUAGUUGAGACAAGAUAUUUUGUUGUACUGAAGAGAUUAAAGGAAACUUAGAAUGGGAAUUUAAAAUGUUCCUUGAAAUUAUUAUUUUUUUUAACAUUCACAAAUACAGGAGUAACA